AAAUCAAAAAAGGCCCCCAAAUGUCCUAACAUCCGUGUUUUCGUUGGACUCUCUUGAGAUGGAGAUGUACAUGAACGGGCAGCCCUCGCUAAUCGAGCGCCUAUCGAGGCAGCAGAGGAGCUACAAGAUGGCGCAAGCAAUAUUUGAGGUGCUUGAAGGCAUGGACAACCAAACUGUGUUGGCGGUCCAGUCUCUGCUGGAUGGCCAAGGCGGAGUUCCUGACCCAAACAACCAGAAUGUUUCAGGGACGUCCACUAUCCAGCCCAUGGGUAUGUACAGCAAAUACGACGACGAGGACGUGUUCCUGUGUGGGAAAUGUAAAAAACAGUUCAAUUCUCUGCCGGCCUUCAUGACACACAAAAGGGAGCAGUGCCAGCCUAGCGCACCCUCCCUGUCCACAGUGUCGUUGGCCUCCACCAAUGCCUACACGCCUGUCCCAUCAAUCAGCUCUGGACCACAGACUCCCGCCAACAGACAGGUAUCAACCUACAUCACAGUCCCUCCCUCCCCUCUGACACACACUCUGGUCCAAGGCAACGUGCUGGUCAGUGACGAUGUCCUUAUGUCGGCUAUCUCAGCCUUUACGUCCAUCGACCAGCCCAUGGCCACCAUGCAGACGCCUAUACAGAGUAACUUAAGCAUGCACACAGCUGGUGUAUCUUAUCUGCAGCACCAUCACCACCACCACCAUCAUCACCAUCACCAGCACCAGCAGCAGCAGCAGCAACAGCAACAGCAACAGCAACAGUCCUCCCACCCCCUGCCGUCCAACCAGACUCCAGCACAUCCACUGCCAGCUGGACAGCCCGCCCAGCAGCCGCUCUCUUCACAGGUCCCAGCCAGCCACAGCAACUCUGUGGUCCAAGUGUACAGCACGCUGCCCCAUAUGGCUGGGGGGGGUGGUGCAGAGAUCCACGCUCUGGGUCUGCAGCCUUUCCAUCCUGUACAAGUGCCGAGCCAGUGUGUGGAGAGCCAACCGUUCAACACCCCUCCUGUCUACAGCCCCGGAAAGCAGGGCACCAAAACAAAGAUCUGCAGCAUCACCACCAACCUGACAGAGCUGGGCGACUUUGAAAAGGUCAUCAUACCCAAAAGACCAAGGAGUAGCAAAAAAAGCCCAGAUGGAGCCACAGCAGAGCAGCUCAAAGGAAAAGGUCCAAAGCUGAAGUGUAAUUUCUGUGACAAAAUCUUCUCAAAAAACUUUGACCUUCAGCAGCACAUUAGGAGUCACACAGGAGAGAAACCGUUUCAGUGCAUCGUCUGUGGCCGAGCCUUUGCCCAAAAGUCGAACGUGAAGAAACACAUGCAGACACACAAGGUGUGGCCUAUGGGUGUGGCCAGCACGGUGUCAAGGUUACCAAUCACAGUAAAGGUGGUGCCGAUGUCGUCCAAUGAGGAGGAGGGGGGCGGGGAGCAGCAACAAGGUGAAGCGGAUGAGGAGGGGUCGCAGCAGCACAACAGUCAAACACAAGCAGAAGAGGAGGCGGCACAGACAGAAGCUCAGGGUGAGUUGGAGGAGAGUGUGACCGAAGCGCGAUCUGAUCCGGAGGGCAGCCGAGGGGAAGCCAUGCAGAACGGGCAUCCUCAGGUGCAGAUGCAGUCCAACCAGAACCAACAGUGCCAAGCGCAGACCAAGCAGAUAGUCGUGAUCGACAGCUCCUACCAGUGCCAGUUCUGCGCCAGCAAGUUCAAGACCUACUUCCAGCUCAAGUCCCACCUGACCAAGCACAAAGGGGAGCAGGUUUAUAAGUGCGUGUUGAAGUCCUGCUCCCAGACUUUCCAGAAGUUGGAUCAGUUCCUGGAGCAUAUCAGGACGCACCAGGAGCAGCUGACCUACCGCUGCCACCUCUGCAGCAAGGUGUUCCCCUCGCUGUUUGAACUGGGAGUCCACCAGUACUCCCAUUGCUUCUGCCCACAACAGACAGACACGCGCAAGGAAACUACUGUCUACAGGUGUGUGAAGUGUCAAAGCAGAUAUUCCACCCAGGAGGCACUGGAACAACACCUACUGACGGCCACACACAGCUUUCCCUGCCCACAUUGUCAGAAGGUUUUUCCGUGCGAGAGGUACUUCAGACGUCACCUCCCCACUCACGGCAUCGGGGGGAGGUUCAAGUGUCAGAUCUGCAAGAAGGCCUUCAAGACGGAGCACUACCUCAAACUGCACACACGUAUUCACUCAGGUGAGAAGCCGUACAAAUGCUCCCUCUGUGAGGCGACAUUCAACAGGAAGGACAAAGUGAAGCGACACAUGCUGAUCCAUGAACCCUUUAAGAAAUACAAGUGUCCCUUUAGGACACAUGUGGGCUGCACCAAAGAAUUCAACAGACCAGAUAAACUCAAAGCCCACAUUCUGUCACAUUCUGGUAUCAAACCCUACAAGUGUCUAUUCUGUCAGAAGGCGUUCAGUCGCAGAGCUCACAUGCUUGAGCAUCAGCAGUCCCACACAGAUAACUACCGCUUCAGAUGCUCAACCUGCAACAAGGGAUUCACCAGACAGAGCUAUUACAGAGACCACAAAUGUCCCGCGGCGGGGAACGGGACAGGAACUGACGGAGAGACUGGAGAGGGAGAGGGAAACAAGGUAAUGGGAGCGUCGAUGGCAGAGGAGAAGGACGGAGAGAAUGACGGGAAAAGAAGCGGGUUCACGAGAAAAGCAAAAAGGCCAGGGACCGGGGGAGAUAACGGACAGGACGACACCUCAAAGGACAGCCAAGAGCGGGUGGAAGCAAAUGGUGAGGAGGAGGAGGAGGAGGAGGAGGAAGAGGAGGAAGAGGAGGGGAGGAGGACUGACGAGGGUUGUCAGGCCGCAAUGUCUAUCUCCACUAUUGAAGGGCAGACGGACAGAGAAGAGGAGGAUGAUGGGAUGGAACAUGGUGGCGAGACACUGGAUCAUAUUCAGAGCAAUGAUCAGAACUGUUUGCAGCAGCCAUGUUUGUAGUUUUAAGCAUCAUCUUUGUAGGAAUAUUUCUUGGACAUUGGACCAAACAAACUCCAUCCAUAACGUAGUCUGGGAAAUUCCUUCAUUAUUUGUUUUAAAUUAAAACGAUAUUUAAAUGAUACGCACUGCUUUUACUUCUUUUACUUUAAGUGAAAACGAUUUGUGGGUACAGUAUCUAUAAUGCCAAAAAAAGCCAGUGGACCAUUUCUGUGUUCUUGUGUGCCACGUUUGUGCAAGUUAAUCAACAGUGGUUCAUUUAAGAUGUCAUAAUAUCAAAACCAAUGGCACCAUUUUAUCCAUUUUGACUUAACUUAUUGUAAGUUUUAAGUUAUUUGUGUCCAAUAUGAAUGUUCUCUUACGAUACCCUUCAGCUGUCAUGUAUGAUAGGUUGUAGCAAAAGUGUACAGGGAUCCAAGAUGCCUUAUGCUGAAAGCUGUAAUGCCACAACUACUGUGUGUCCCUAAACGGUCUACAAACAAGGAAACAUGUUUACCCUCAGUGGUUCAAUAUUAUUAUGUGACUCUGUAGAGCCUUCUACGUUAUGUAUCUAUCUAUAGUGAGAGCACAAAUAACUAUAUCUAAAUACAUUAACAGGCACGCCUGAGUCCAAAGUGUUGAUGGCUGCACAAUUCUACAACCCAGCCCACGAAGGGGUUCCUGCAGAUGUCAAUUUAAUUAAUCCAGCUGCUGGUACAACCCAAAUUUAGUACUAUUAAAAGCAUGGUGCAAUAACCAAAUGCUUGUAAUCAUUUUUAUGGCCUAAAUGUAUUAGUGUUAUACAUUUCUCUCAAGUAUGUGUAUGACUGUAAUGAUGUUUGAUACUGUGCACUGUGCAUAUUUAUCUUCUAGUGUUAAUCCAACAAAGACUAAAUCUGUCCACCUUUUCACAGAAUGAAGACCUAAAGUAAAUAUUAUAUCUAACAAAAAGUCACCCAUGUGUGUAAAAGUGUAUACAAUACACCAUAUAGAAAAAACAUAACUACUGUUGUAGUACAUUUACACAAUACAUGAGUCCUUUACUUUGCAUGAACUUUAAGCCAUGCAUAAAGCCAACUACCUACUCCAAGUUGAAUAAUUAGGCCCAUUAGUUAUGGCUAAUGACAUAAUUAAAAUGGAUAGAUUCAUGAAGACUCAUUGUGACAGAGUGAAAGAAUCAAAACACAUUUUUCAUUUAAUUUAUUAAGGUGACAAUUUAUAUUUUACACAUCUUUCAUGUACAUCAGAAAUUAACCAGGGAAAAGAAAAUAUAGUGUUACCAUAAACCUCUUAUUAAAACCUCUCUUUUUAAAAAAAGAAAAUUUGUUAUUGACACCAUUUACAACUUGUUUUCAUAUACAGGAGAGUGACAGUGGUUUAGUUGUUCAUGGAAAAUUCUUGAGCACUAAAACAAAAAGCAGUGAGAAUUAUGAUAUUUACAUAUUUGCUUAGACUACUUUCUCCCCGGGAUUUUAAUAUGUGACCGAUCCAGAACAAGAUGAAAACAACACUGUGCGUUAGGGGGUAACAUAUGAGGCAAUCAAUUUAAAUAGGCAACUUUACCAAUCCACUUUUCAUCAUGAUACAUUCAUUAUAUUACACUGACUUUGUCUCAGUAGUUGUUAUUCCACAGUUAGCCAUAAAAACAGGCCACGUGUCAUCAGCUUAAGUCUCAUUGCUUUUCCACACUGCUGCAUUAUCUUCCAAAGAACUCAUCGAAUUCCUCUUGGUCUGGUUACUCCAGUCCAGAGUUGACCAGAAAGCCAAAUGAUUGAUAAUCUCUGCUCACAUCAAGUUUCUAAAUACAGACACCUGAUGCCUGAGGGUGGAAAUAAGGCUUCCUGAAGGCUAGUGACAAGUCCACCUCAUCGCACAUGAGCAACGUGGAGUAACACAACCACAGCCGCACGCCCCACAUGUUGCAAGACGACAAAGUGGAGAGAUUUUAUUUUAUUUUUAAAGUGCUGUGCUUUGUCAGAUAACAACACCGGAAUCCAAUGUUCCUCAGUAACCACAUCUGUCUUUUCAAGUGUGUCAUUCAUUCAAAAGGACGCUCCAAAAUGAGCGACCACACUGCCUGCUGUUCUCAUAUUAACUCUCUUUUCUGUCUGAUCAGAUGUUGUGCAACUUCAGCUAAACCAAUCAAGUGUUUGAAUUUAAAGACGGUUUCUUUACACGCUCGGCAUUGGUAAAGCAUUUGGAGGAUUCUUUGUGCACACAUAAAAUAAAAGGUUUUCUUCUGGAUCCGUAAACAACAUCACAGUGAGAAUCUUUGUUUAAAA